UAGAAUCUGUCCCAACACUUGUUCUUCUUCUUCUUCUUCUAAAAAUCUAAUCCAGCCAGCAUUGAGAAAAGAUAACAAUAAAUACUAGUUAACACACAAGAAACCCCACAGCCAUUAACUUCCUCCAAUUGCAGUCCACUUUGUGUACCUCUCUAUAUAUAGUUCAUCAGUCCCAUACCCUGUUCUUCAUCCUACACCAAACCAUCAUAUUUUUGUAUAAUUCAGGGUUCAGCCAUGGAAGUAGUAACUUCAAAAAAUUUCCAGCCACCCCAUGUAAUUAUACUACCAACACCGGGUAUGGGUCAUCUUAUCCCACUCGCUGAGCUAGCUAAACAACUCGUUUCUCGUCAUGGUUUUACGGUUACGUUCACUAUUCCAACUGAAACCGAUUCUCCUUCCAAAGCUCAGAAACUGGUUCUUGAUUCUCUUACUAGUUCUAUUGAUUAUAUGUUUUUAUCUCCGGUUGAUCUGAGUGAUUUGCCUAGUGAUGCAAAGAUUGAAACUCGGAUUUCUUACACGGUAACUCGUUCUCUUUCUUCGCUUUCCGACUCGUUUAAACUCAUUACUUCAACUCACCGAGUUGUGUCCUUUGUUGUUGAUCUUUUUGGUACUGAUGCUUUUGAUGUUGCCAUGGAGUUCAAUGUCAAACCAUACAUUUUCUAUCCAUCAACAGCUAUGGCUUUAGCUUUGUUUUUCCAAUUGCCUAAAUUGGAUCAAGAUUACACUUGUGAGUACAGAGACGUGCCAGAACCGAUUCAGAUUCCGGGGUGUGUGCCAGUCGACGGGAUCGACCUUUUCGACCCGGCACAAGAUAGGAAAAACGAGGCCUAUAAAUGGGCGUUACACCAUGCCGAAAGGUAUAAACUUGCUGAGGGUAUUAUGGUAAAUAGCUUUAACGAGCUUGAACCUGGUCCGAUAAAGGCGUUCAAGGCGGGCGAAUGGGCUAAUCCGCUGGUCUACCCUGUCGGACCGCUUAUCCGGACAGGUGACAGCGACACGGUGUCUGAUCCAUCUGGUUGUUUGAAGUGGUUGGAUGAUCAACCACUUGGCUCGGUUCUAUUCGUGUCGUUCGGAAGUGGUGGAGCUCUUUCCAGUGAGCAACUGACCGAAUUGGCCCUAGGGCUAGAAAUGAGUGAACAGAGAUUUUUGUGGGUUGCAAGAAGUCCUAGUGACAAGGUUGCAAAUGCGACAUACUUCAAUCCACAAAGUAUCAAGGACCCUUUUGACUUCUUACCAAAAGGGUUCAUAGAGAGAACCAAAAAGCUAGGCUUGGUAGUUCCUUCAUGGGCACCCCAAGUUCAAGUCCUUAGCCAUGUCUCAACUGGUGGAUUCUUAACGCAUUGUGGGUGGAAUUCAUCACUUGAAAGCGUCGUGCAUGGUGUCCCCUUAAUUGCAUGGCCACUCUUUGCAGAACAAAAGAUGAAUGCAGUGAUGCUUACAGAGGAUUUGAAGGUUGCAUUAAGGCCGAAGAAGAACAAACAAGGGAUUGUAGGCCGCGAUGAGAUCUCUAGGGUUGUUAAGGGACUUAUGGAAGGAGAAGAAGGCAAGAAACUUCGGCUUAAGAUGAGAGACCUUAAAGAUGCUUCUGCCAGAGUGUUAUCAGAAAAUGGGUCUUCGUCUAAGGCGCUUGCUGAGGUGGCGAACACGUGGAAAAAUAGUAUGAGUACAUGAAAUUUCUUUACCAAUUUGCAUGUUUUUUUUUGUUUUGAAUGUUGUGCCUAUGUGCUUGUGUACAAUGAUUUUGGAUCAUUUUGUAUAUAAUCUAAAUCUAAGUGAUGGAAUUCCUGUCUAGAUAUUUUCUUUCUGUGAGCUGUGUGAAAAGAAGAAUAAGAAUGGAAUCAAGAUGAGAAGUAAAUGAUGAAUUUGAAGAAGUUGAGGUUAAAUCAAACUGAUAAAAGAUGAAAAUCUUAGUGAAGACUAUUGGCACUCAAAAUGAAAUGAUUGGAGCUAUGGAUUUGUGGGUGGUGUAGGGUAACCAUGUCACUUGUGUCUAUAAUGGUCACUAAUAAAAUGUCACAUUACUACCAAA